AUGCACUCCACUCCACCUCCACCUUAUCCUGGAGGUGAAGCACCUGCAAACGAUGUGACCCUGAAAGAUGACACGAUAGUUCCGGAAAAGAAAAAGGAACCAAGCCCAUCUGCGGCGAAGCCUGCUGCAGCUUCAGCAAGCUCACAUCCACCUACUAAUCCACCUAUUGAAAUGACUACAAUAAAAACUGCACAGAUAGAACAGGCAGCACCGAACACACCGUUACCCUACUCUACCGCGCCGACUACACCGCAACUUAUCCAGGGUCAAGCGCAGCCAAUGCAAUUUUCGGCACAGCCAGUUCAACCAGGAAUAAGGGAAGCUCCUUUUGCAAUUAAA